AUGGUCAGUAAUGGAAGCUCGCUAACAUAUUAUGUAUUCUGUACUCACAAUUUAACACAGAGCAUCUUCGAAGGCAAAAUCUCCGAGCUGCAGCUUGCCCUGUCGCAAGGACAAGUCAACAGCGUGCAGCUCACAGCCCAGCAUCUCAAGCGAAUCGCAUAUUACGACCGACGACGAACGAACCUGAACUCUGUCCCUGUCAUCAAUGAAAGGGCGUUCGACGACGCCCAACUAUCAGAUGACAGGCGAGCGGCAGGGGUAGCCAAAGGCCCGCUCGACGGAAUCCCUUGUACGGUAAAGGACAGUUACAAGAUCAAGGGAAUGACUGUGGCGUCAGGCUCGCCGGCUUUCAAGAACCUCAUUGCCAACGAGGAUGCAUUCGCAGUUCACAGAAUUCGUGAUGCGGGUGGAAUCAUCCUCGGCCGAACAAAUAUGCCCCCGAUGGCGGCGGGUGGGAUGCAAAGGGGUGUUUAUGGCCGGGCUGAAAGCCCCUAUAAUAAAGAUUACCUGACUGCUGCGUUUGCAUCCGGGUCAUCCAAUGGAUCUGCUACUGCUACCGCUGCUAGCUUUGGUGUUUUUGGAAUGGGAGAGGAAACCAUCUCUUCUGGUCGGUCGCCGGCGUCAAAUAAUGCCUUGGUGGCUUAUACCCCAUCGCGAGGACUGAUCUCCAUUCGAGGGAAUUGGCCUUUGUUUCCAAUUUGUGAUACGGUCGUGCCACAUACUCGUACUUUGGAAGAUAUGUUUUGUCUCCUUGAUGUCAUUGUUGCUCGAGAUGACACUACAGUUGGCGAUUUCUGGCGAGGUCAACCGUUCGUUCCGCUCCCUGCUGUAGAUUCUGUUCGUCCAAAGACAUAUCAUGAUUUGGCUGAUCGGGAUGCCCUCGCAGGGAAGAGAAUUGGUGUGCCCAAGAUGUAUAUUGGGGGCCAGGAUGCAGAUGCAUAUCCAGUUCAUACAUCUCAGUCUGUGAUUGAUCUUUGGAAGCGUGCCAGGACCUGCUUGGAGUCCCUUGGUGCUACGGUUGAAGAAGUCGACUUCCCUCUUGUCAAAGAAUAUGAAGGGCCAUACAGCCCUGGCGAGGAAGAUUGGGCCGAGACUGUCCCGGUCCAUCGGGACAAUGUCGACAUGGGCAAGCUGAUGGCAUAUGGCUGGGAUGACUUUUUGAUCAAUAACAACGACCCGGCUUGCGCCACUACCCUCGCCACCGUUGCGUCGACAGCCAUUUUCCCCACUCCCAAAGGAGCAUUGCCAGAUAAGUAUGACAAUGAUGAUCCCCUUGUUCGCCACAAUGAAGCAGUCGCACAUGUUCAACGCGACCGUGUUCCGAUCUACCAGAUUCCUGGACUCGGAGAAGCUCUCAAAGAUCUCGAAGCUCGACGCAAACGCACUUUCGAAAAUUGGCUAGACAAGCUCGGCCUUGACGUCGUCGUCUGGCCAUGUGCCGGGGACGUGGGGAAAUCAGAUGCCGACGUCAAUCCGCAAUCUGCCAAAGAGGCCUGGCGCAACGGCGUUCUCUAUUCUAAUGGAAACUGCGCCAUUCGCCAACUUGGUGUUCCUACCGUCAACAUCCCGAUGGGCAUGAUGAGCGAUACAGGCAUGCCUGUCAACCUAACUUUUGCCUCGAGGGCCUAUGACGAUAGCAAUCUCUUUAGAUAUGCCUUUGCCUACGAAAGCGCUUCUCGUUGUCGCCGGGCACCACAGCUUUCGGCAGCUCUGCCUACCGAUUUGAUUCCGUCCGACGCUUCCUCUCCCAUGGGCCGUGUCGCGCCAAAGCUCACUGUGCAUGGAGUGCGACAGCCUGGUGGAUUGACUGCCGUGAUAAGCGGAUCUUUUGACGCAGAUGACUGUCUUGGAUUGAAAUCCAUCGAUGUCUCUAUAGAUGGUGAGCCGGCCGGAAAUGUCAACAUCACGAACGACACCUGGCAGGUCGUGAGCGAUGAGAUUUCCACGUGGACUGGUGAUCUUGAUGAGAGAGGCGUGCCAUCACAAGAGUUGGCAAUGGUCAUUGUGACAGUGACUGGACACAAUGGAAGAUCAACUGCAAAGAUGCUCUUCGUGUAG